GGUAACAGUGGUUAACGAUACUACAGGUUUUUUUGCCAGGAGUAAUAACAGAGGAGCAAAAUUGACUGAAAGUAGGGGAGGAAACAUUCAGUUUACAAGAUGGAUCCGAUCCAGUUGAAAGAUGAAGGAAACAAGUAUUUCCAGGCUAAUGAUUAUGAAAAUGCUAUCCAGUGCUACACAAAUGCCCUUAAACUGAGCAAAGACAAAAACCUUCUGGGUAUACUCCACAGAAACAGAGCCGCGUGCUACCUGAAAAAGGAAAACUAUGCACAAGCUGCAUCUGACGCAUCAAGAGCGAUUGAUAUUGACGCCUCAGAUAUCAAAGCCCUGUAUAGGCGCUGUCAAGCUCUGGAGAAGGUGGGGAAGUUGGAUCAAGCCUUUAAGGAUGUCCAGAGGUGCGCUACAAUUGAGCCGAAGAACCAAACCUUCCUGGAAACUCUACGACGACUCGGGUCAGAUAUUCAAGAAAAGCUGAAGGUCCAAUUUUCCACCGAUUCCAGAGUCAAGCAAAUGUUUGAAAUUCUGCUUGGUGAGGAGACUGACAAAGAGAAGAGAGAGAAGGCUGCAAACAAUUUGAUUGUUCUUGCAAGAGAAGAUGCUGGAGCUGAAAGAAUCUUCCAGAAUAAUGGCAUCAAUUUGCUCAUGGAACUGAUUAACACCAAAAACCCUGAGAUGAUUCUGGCAGCAGUAAGAACUUUUUCAGGAAUGUGCACUGGGCAUAAAGCUAGGGCAACAGCAAUUUUGCAUUUGAUUGGAAUUGAAAAGAUCUGCAGCAUCAUGGCUAUUGACCAUGAAGAAAUCGCAUUGGCUACCUGCAACCUCUUCCAGACUAUUUGUGAUUCAUUGUCUGGAGAAGACAAGAAAGAGCAUGGGAAUGAGGAGGCUUUGGUUCUUGACACCACUAAGGACCUGAAAGGGAUUCUCCUGGCCCUGCUGGAAAUGUUGAUCAGUCCGAAGGUAUCAAGCCAUGGACGUGACCAAGCUCUCAACCUGCUGUCCAAAAAUGUACCCAGGACAGACUUGAGGAACCCUGACAACUCCAAAACACUCUUCACUAUCGAUCAUGGUUUGAAAAAGAUUCUGAAAGUGGCUGGGCAACUCGUAGACUUGCCCGAUCACCUGCCAAUGACAGAAAACACGCAGCUGAUUGCGAGCAUCCUCCUCAAUAAGCUCUAUGACGACCUGCGUUGUGAUCCAGAGAGAGAUAACUUCCGGGUGACAUGUGAGGAGUAUGUUAUGGGCAAGUUUGACCCGAACAACAUGGAGAAGAACCUACAUGCCAUCCAUGCAGGUUUGCUGCAGGGCCCCUUCGAUGUGGGCAACAAGAUUGCAGGCUUGACGGGAGUGAUGGAGAUGAUGGUGGCUCUGUGCGGCUCUGACCGGGAGAUUGACCAGUUGGUGGCGGUAGAGGCCCUCAUCCACGCCUCCACCAAGAUGAGCAAAGCAACCUUUAUCAUCACCAAUGGAGUGUCUCUGCUCAAAGACAUCUACAAGAAGACUAAGAAUGAGAAGAUCAAAAUCAGAGCUUUAGUGGGUCUUUGCAAACUGGGCUCAGCUGGAGGGGAUGAUUACGCCCUCAGGCAGUUUGCUGAGGGCUCAACAGAGAAGCUGGCAAAACAAUGUAGAAAGUGGCUGUGCAACCCAAACAUCGAUGUACGCACCAGGAAGUGGGCUGUGGAGGGUCUAGCCUACCUGACGAUGGACGCAGAUGUAAAGGAUGACUUUGUGGAAGAUGAACCUGCCUUGCAGGCCAUGUUUGAACUGACCAAGUCAACAGACAAGACUAUCCUCUAUGCUGUGGCUUCCACGCUAGUGAACUGCACUAACAGUUAUGACAAAAAGGAGAUCAUACCAGAGCUUGUUCAACUGGCAAAAUUCUCCAAGCAACAUGUGCCCGAGCAGCACCCAAAGGAUAAGAAGGAUUUCAUACAGAAACGUGUGAAACGCCUUCUGAAGGCUGGCGUUAUCUCAGCACUAACCUGCAUGGUCAAAGCGGACAGUGCUAUCCUGACAGACCCAACCAAGGAGCUCUUAGCAAGAGUAUUUCUGGCCUUGUCUGAAGACCCUAAGGAGCGUGGCAUCAUUGUGGCUCAAGGAGGUGGAAAGGCUCUUAUUCCUCUUGCGCUGGAAGGCACAGAACUGGGUAAAACAAGGGCCUCCCACGCACUGGCAAAGAUUGCUGCAACCUCUAACCCAGAGAUUGCUUUCCCUGGAGAAAGGAUCUACGAAGUGAUACGACCUUUGGUCAGCCUGCUCAGCACUGAUAAAGAUGGUCUGCAGAACUUUGACUCUCUUUUAGCUCUAACAAAUCUGUCAGGAAUGACUGAAAAACUGAGACUAAAGAUACUGAAAGAAAAGGCUUUACCAGAGAUUGAAAACUACAUGUUUGAAGAACAUGAGCAAAUCCGUCAAGCAGCAACGGAGUGUAUGUGCAACCUGGUCCUCUGCAAAGAUGUCCAGGAGAAUUAUAUGGCUGACGGGAAUGAUAAGUUGAAGCUCCUGGUCCUGCUGUGUGCGGAGGAUGACGACAAACUGCAGAUUGCAGCAGCAGGAGCCCUAGCCAUGCUCACUGCUGCCCAAAAGAAACUCUGCACCAAGCUGACUACAGUAACCACACAGUGGCUGGAGAUCCUGCAGAGACUUUGCCUGCAUGACAGGCCGGAGAUACAGCACAGGGGCUUUGUGAUUGUUUACAAUAUGAUCGCGGCAGACAAAGACCUGGCCAAGAUGUUGAUUGAGAGUGAGCUGCUGGAGAUCCUAAGUGUCAUUGGCAAACAGCCAGAUAACCCCAAGAAGCAGCCAAUGAUUGAUGCUGCACGUAGCUGCCUUGUGGCUGCCAUGGACUACGGUCUGAUCAAACCUUUCUCUUAAAGAAGAUCACCAUUAUUUAUCAAACAGGACUGAAGAUGAACGGACCGUUUUUACAUUCGCUUCCAUAUUUUCAAUUCAAAAUACAUUAAAACUCCCCAAUGUAACUGACCCCUUGUAGGCUAUAGGAUUUGGAACCAUUUACAAUAAAGGGCAAUUUAUAUAAAUCUGAGAUUUAUCAUGAAUUGGAAUUCAAUAGGAAAUAGCAUUUUAGUUCAUGUAAUUACAAUUACAAUAUUGUAAAGUGUUAACUGUCAUUUCUAUUUAAAGAAAAUGUUGGCAUUGUGGCACAAAAAAGGGGGGAUAAAAUCUGCACAGUAUUCUUUUUUUAUUUAUUUAUUUUUUCAUACUCAAAGAUCAUUAAAUGUGCACAAGUAUAUUUCCAUCGUCACGACAAUGAUGUAUGCUUUAGUAAUUAUGUAUUUAAUUUUAAUUAGUUUUGUUAUGUUGAAAAAAAUGGAUGAAAAUGCCUGAGUGAAACUUUUUUUUUUUUUGGAAUGAGAAAAUUUUUUUUUUUUUGUUUGUUUUUUAUAAAUUGAGCCAAUAAGACAUUGGUGUGCUUUCAAUUUUUUUUUUUUUUUUGUUUCAUUAAUUUAAUAUUUCACCUUAUGCACUAUUAAGAAAGUAUGUUACAUUGCAGAUUAUAUUUGCAUUGUGAUUUGUGGUGUUCUAUUAGUAUUAGGGGCCCUAUUUGUAUGUUUCUUAACAUUACCAUGUAUAGCAAUUCAAGGCAUUCACAUAGACUGCAGUUUGCAGUAGCUGAAAUGGUCCUAUAGGGGAUAUCAUGACUCCUAAAUCUGUUGACCUACUAUGAAAAGUCUGGAGUUUGACAGCCCUGUUCUUCAUAAGCCAGGGGUAUCAAACUCCAGUCCUCGAGGGCCGUGGGGUCUUCUGGUUUUCAUUCCAACUUAAGCUCUGAAUUAACACAACUGAUCUAAUUAUUUGUUUAAUUGGACAUGUUUUAUAUUUGUUCAUGGUCUUUUACAGCUGAUUAUUUCAAAACCAUAUUCAGGCCUGGAAAGAAUUGAAAUGAUGUCAGUGGUUAGAAUUGAGGUCAUGUGCUGCACUGAUAAUUUAAUUUGAGCUUGUUAAUUGUUUUCAGCUCCUAAACAGUAACAGAGUUCAAGUUACUUAUAAAAUGUUAUAGAGUAGCUGACAGCUGGAGCGUAAACCAGACGACACAGGGGGUCCCCAGGACCAGGUUUGGGAACCACUGCUGUACUGCAUCCACAAGGCUUUACGAUUCAAAGCCACGGGAUAUGUAUGUUUUGUAGUGAACAUUGUACCUUGGAUUGCAACAGCCUGUCUAAGCUGGGUCAUAAUAAUACAACAACUUUGCAAUAGAUUUCUUUACUCUGCAGUGCCUCAUUAUAUUUCUUCUCAAUCUGUUUUGACAACACUGAAGAAUCCACAUUUAAGAAAGCGUUCUGCUACCCAAUUAAUGGGACAGGAGAGCUCAUGAUAAGAAGAAAUGAUGAACACAUGCCCUGUUUUCAUAAUUACCUAUGGCAAUUAAACAUUUCAAAGCAAAUAGUAAGCUAUUUUAUAUUUGCUACUCAACUUUACACCAUUGCCUCAUAUUUGCAAGUAUUGCAGGUGCGUAUAGGUGCAAGAAAUGGUUAAUUCUGCUUAAUUUUAAGAAAACAAAUAAAUACCUUUUUUAUUUUUGAGAAAAGUAAACAUUACGAUGGCAACCAGUUUUUUUUUUUAAUUUUUUAAAUGAUUAUUUAGAAGAUAUCAAAUUAAAAAUACAGCUUGUUAAACACCAUAUUUGAAUUCAGCCCAUCCACAUGACUGAAUAAUGUGUUACCAACUUUUCUUCAAAAAUCCCCCCUGCAUUUUAUAUAUGAACAAUUCUGAAAAAUUGGACCAGUCUAUAUUGUUCUGGUUGCUUUUAGGAUUUCAGAGAAUCUAGCCUUGAAGAACAAGACCAGAUGCUCCCCUUUGCUGUUAAAUAGACUUUUAUGUUGGAAAUAAAGACAAAUCAGAUUGAUUUUCAA